AGGGAGAACACCAGGCGCGGCGAGGGCGGCUCCGGCUCCGGCCCGGGAGAGGCGCGAUGGCGAGCGGCGACAGCAACCACGCCGCCGAGAGCUUCCUCGGCUCCGACGGGGACGAGGACGCUGUCCGGGGCCUGGAGACCGACGAGGAGUCGGAGGGCGAGGAGGACGAGACGGCGGCGGAGUCGGAGGAGGAGCCGGACGCCAGGUUAUCAGACCAUGAUGAAGAGGGCAAGACCAAGCAGGAGUGUAUCAUUUCUGACCCCUCCUUUUCCAUGGUGACAGUUCAACGGGAAGAUAGUGGAAUAACUUGGGAGAGAAGUUCAAGCAGAUCCUCCACUCCUUGGGCCUCAGAAGAAAGUCAGACUUCUGGUGUGUGUAGUCUGGAAGGGUCAACUGUGAAUUCUCCUCCAGGAAAUGUUUCCUUUAUUGUGGAUGAAGUUAAAAAAGUUCGGAAAAGAAAUCAUAAGUCAAAGCAUGGUUCACCAUCAUUGCGUCGGAAAGGCCACAAAAAAAGAAAUUCUCUUGAAUCCCAAGAUAUUCCAGCAAACAAAAAAGACAGUCCUUUAAUUUCAGAAAGCCAGGUACUAAACACCAAGAAAGAAAAGGCAUCUCCUGGCAUUUAUGAUAAAACAAGAAAAAAGAAGACUGCCUCAAAUACACCUCUUAUAACUGGGGCAAUAUACAAAGAACACAAGCCAUUAGUGUUAAGGCCAGUUUACAUAGGAACAGUACAGUAUAAAAUUAAGAUGUUUAAUUCGGUUAAAGAAGAAUUAAUUCCUCUACAAUUUUAUGGAACGUUGCCAAAGGGUUAUGUAAUUAAAGAAAUACAUUAUAGGAAAGGGAAAGAUGCAUCCAUUAGUUUAGAGCCUGAUUUGGGCAAUCGUGAUUCUAACAUAGUUUGCAAAACAGGCAACUUAGUAGCCCCAAGCAUAGAAGUUAAUAAAGAAAAAGAGCUUGCUUCAUCCUGGAGAGGUGCACUCUCCAAAGGAUCAAAGUCCCUGAUCUCAUUAUUCAGUCAUGAAGAUCAAAAGAAAAUUCACAUUGAUUCCCCCCUAACUGCCACAUCUGCAACCAAGCGCACAGCUUCCUCUUAUUCAAGUAAUGACUCAGCCAAACAAGAAGUACAGCUCAGGCCUCCACAGUCAGGGCCACAAGAGCCAGACAAUGAAGCAAGAACCCCUGAAAUGGAGCCUUCCUCCCUCAUGCCCGACACAUCUGCAACUGUGUUCCUGGAAACUGCAAAGGAAGACUUUGAGCCCGAUUCACAAGGAACCAUAACUUCAGAGAAUGACUAUUCAAUUUCAUUAUCUUUCGUUAAUGAAGGAAAGAAGGAAGACAUGUAUUCUGCUGACCAUUCCAUUUCAUUGGAGGCAGAGAAGGAUGCUCUGGAGACAGCUUCACCAGGUCUGGCAGCAUCUAUCCAGGAAGGUUUUGGUCCAGACCAAGAACAGCUGGACCUGACGUCACUAGAAAAGGCAGAACCAGUCUCUGAACAACUGACCCCUCCUCAUCCCAUUGUCAAAGGAGAGAAGGAAGAAAACGUACCUGAGCCAUCCAUUUCUCUUUCUGAACCUGAAGUGUUAGAAGAACCAGAGAAAGAAGAAGUAGAAACUUCCCUGCCGAUAGCUGCUACCCCAGAACUUGAAGAUUCUAAUUUAGUAGAAGAGAUCAUAGAACUUGAUUACCCAGAAAGUCCACUAGUUUCCAAAAAGCUCUUCCCACCACAUGUGUCCCCCGAAGUCGAGCACAAAGAAGAGGAGCCCAGUCUACCAUUACUGACAAUGACUAAACAAGUCGCUGUGCCUGAGGAAGAAGGAGAGGAAAAUGAGUCUGUUUCUACUGAUUCUGCUUUUGUAUCAGAGUAUUCAGUCCCACAGGAUUUGAACUAUGAACUGGAGAAAAGAGAAGCUGAGCUAGUUUCUCCAUCCAAUGUAAAAGCUACAUCUGAACAUGCAGUUUUGUCAGCAGAAGAGAAUGAGGAGUUUGAGCCUUAUUCUCCAGCCGCGGCCUCUGCGCCUGAACGCUCUCUCUCACCAUCCGCAGCUGAGGGGACUUCUGAGUGCCAGUCCCCACUGUCUUCACCAGUUAAAUCAGAACACAUGGUCCUGUCGGGAGAUGAGGCCUCAGAAAGUGGGUGUUACACACCAGAUUCCACAUCUGCUUCUGAAUAUUCAAUUUCAUCAUAUGCAACAAGAGAGUCAUUGAAGAAAACAAUUGACCGUAAGUCCGCAUUAAAAUCAAAAGGGGGUUCAGAGCACAUGAUUCCAGAAGAAGAAAAGAAAGACGCUGGAUUGUAUUCCCCAGCUGUGGCCUCUGCAUCUGAACGCUCUCUCUCACCAUCCACAGCUGAGAAGACGUCUGAGUGCCAGUCACUGCUGCCUUCUACUGCUACAUCAGAACCCGUGGUCCUAUCAGAAGGAGACGACCUGGGAAGUGAGCAUGUCACACCCGAUUCAAACUUGACUUCCAAACAUGCAGUUCCACCAAAUGCAACACAGGAAUCCCCAAAGAAAAUAAGUGAUGAUGUGUUGUCCCAAUUCAAAUCAAAAGCUAUUUCUGAGGACAUAAUUCUGUCAGAAGAAGAGAAGGAAGACACUGGAUUGUAUUCCCCAGAUGUGGCCUCUGUGUCUGUACACUCUUUUCCACCAUACUCAACUGAGGUGACUUGUGAAUGGCAGGUCCCAACACUUUCGGCUACCCCAUCUGAAUGUGCAGUCCUAUCAGAAGAAGAGACAGUACAAAUGGAGCGGUACACACCCUCUUCCACGUCUGCGUCUGAAUUUUCGGCACCACCAUAUGCAACACCAGAGUCACAGGAGGAAGAAACUAUCCACAGGUCGCCUCUAAAUCUAAAACGUGCCUCCUCACCCAUGAAUUUUUCAGAAGAAGGACAAGAAGACAUGGGACCUUUUUCUCCAGAUUCUGCAUUUGUGUCAGAAUUCUCAUUUUCACCCUAUGUAACUCAGGAAGCACAGAAAAGAGAAUUUGAGUGUGAUUCUCCAAUAUGUUUAACAUCACCAUCUGAACAUACUAUUUUGUCAGAUGAAGACACUGAAGAAGCUGAACUUUUUUCUCCUGACUCAGCAUCACAAGUUUCAAUCCCCCUGUACGAAAUUCCAGAAACAGAGAAACGUGAAAUUGAGCCUGAUUCGAUAUUAACUGCAAUGUCUGCUUCAGGAUAUUCCUGCUUUUCAGAAGCAGAUGAGGAAGAAAUUGGACCAACAGCUUCUACACCUGUACCUGAGUAUUUUGAUUCAUCACAGAAGCAAAAAGCUGAACCAUUCCCUUUGGUAUCUGCACCUGAAGACUUGAGUGUGCCACUUUCAACAAAUAAAGUAGAGAAAGCAGAAAUUAAGCCAGAUGCUCAAACAACCUCAGUAUCCGUAUCUGAAUAUCUCAUUCUGGCACAGAAGCAGAAAUCUCAAGCAUCCUUCGAACCUGAGUCUGAAGACUUGAUUCCACCAUAUUUAACAAGUGAAUUGGAGAAAGGAGAAAUUAAAACUAGUUCAUCAGUAGUUGCAACACCUUCUUCUUUACCUGUUUUGCCUGCAUCUCAGUAUUCAGUUUCACCUGAUUCAGUCUAUGCAAUUAAGAAAGAACAGGAACCCAAAGCUACACUCAUUGUAAAAGCUGCAAAUAAACAGAUGGCUUUGUCAAAAGUCAGAAAAGAAGAAGCUGUACCUGAUUCUCAAGAAGCUAUAGCACAUGAAACACAGGAUCAAAAAAUGGAGCCUCAGCCUCCAAAUGUUCCAGGGUCUGGGAUGAAAUAUGACAUGACAGAUGAGUCAAAGAAGGAUGUCAAACCCAAUUUAGCUCCAACUGGGACUUCUGAACUAGAGCAGAGAAUGUUGUCAAAGAAUGAUCCUGAAGUAAUAAAACUGUAUUCACCUCUAAAGGAAACAUCUUUAUCUGGACCUGAGGUUUUACCAGCAGUGAAAAUGGAAGUGAAACAUGAUUCUAAAAUAAGAAGUACACCUACAGUGUUUCAUUCACCUUCAUCAGGAUUGGAAAUGGAAGUUGAGCAUGGUCCACCUGCACCAGCAUUUCCAGCUUUUUCAGAAGAAAUGAAGAAAGAAAUUGAACCCAGUUCUUCAGCAACCACAACAGCUGUAACUAAGCUUGAUUCAAACUUAACCAAGAAAGAAGAAAUCCCAACAGAUUCAUCUCUUGUCACCCCUGUAGAACGUCCAGUCUUAACAAAAGUAAGAAAGGGUGAAUUAGGAAAUGGCUUGCCACCACCAGAAACAUCUAUAGAUGAGCAUUUAGUUCUUAAAGAAGAAGAAAGGGUAGCAGUUAAAGGUGCUUCUCCCAUUGAAACUCCUUCAUCCAAACACCUAGCUUGGUCAGAAGCAGAGAAGGAAAUUGAAUUUGAUUCACCUCCAAGUGCACCCUCCCUAUCAGAGCAUUCUAUUUUGUCAGAGGUGGAAACCAAAGAAGUUAAACCUGGACUGCUGAUAACCAAACCUUCAUCUUUGCAUUCAGAUGUAUCUGAGGGAGCAAGGGUAGAAGAGGAAUGUGGUUUUUCAUUUUCUACCAUCUUCGACCCCGAACAUUUGAUUUUAACACAGAAAAAGAACGUGGUUUCCACCUCAGAGCUAUUAGAGCCUGAAGAUGUGCUUUCGCUCAACCUAGGUGGUGAGAUAAAGAAAGAAGAAACUGAACUUCCUACAUCACAAAAUGUGCCACCUCCACCCAAACAUAUAGUUCCAAAAGGCAAAUAUGAGGAAGUAGCAAAUUCUUCUCUCAAAUUGGAAAAUUUACCAUCAAAAGAUUUAGCCCCCACAUUAUUGAUCCUCAGUGACAAUAAAAACAGACAGGCAAUGGAGACAUCUUCUACAGCUCAGGGAGAUUUCCUGGCAGAAAAACAAGAUCUUGCUCUGGCCGAGCUCUCCUUGGAGCCUCCGAAGACAGACAAACCACACCAACUAUCAGAAUUACCAAAUGCUGGGUCAGAAUUCGCUAGCAGUUUAGGUAGACAAAGUGGAUCCAUAAGUACAAAGCAAGUGACAUCUCCCAUAACUGAAACAGGGGAUUCUGUUCUAGAAAAUGGCCUAGCUGAGUUUAGGAACAGAGAAGGAAAAGAAGAAAACAGGGAACUUCAUGCAUCUACUACAGUGUCUGCAAUUUCAGAGGUUUCAUCAUGCCUUAGGGAGGAACCUCAGAAUGAAGAAAUUAAACCUUUGUCUCCAGAGGUAGUUAGCCCAGGGUCAAAAGAGGCAUCUACCUUGCUAGUCAAAGGAGACAGCCCAGAAGAACUUCAGCUAUAUACUUUUUCUUCAAAAGGAUUAUCAGAUGAGUUGAACUAUCCAGCCGACUUUAAAAAAGGGGAAAGACAAGAAAUAGGCCCACUACCACCAGCAAGAAAUUUGAAGGCACAAGUCAUGGGAGAUAUUGUGACUAAACUGAAUGAAGAAAUAGACCAACCAAACUCAUCCCAUGUACUCCAGAGUAUAAUAGAACCAUCAAAGAUCACUUCUUCUGACCUUGUAGAACAGAUGAAGCCUAAAUAUGCACUUCAUUCAGAUCAAGCUGUGAAAAUACCUGAUGUAAGCACUUCUUUUGCAGAGAAACAAGAUCUGGGUAUUAAACAAUUUUCAUUUAUGAAAGAGAAUUUGCCUUUGGAGCAAUCAAAAUCAUUUUUGACCACUGAACCUGCAGACGAUAAAGAAACAAAAAUGAGAGAGCCCCUUAUUUCUUCAAAGGAUGAAAAUUGGAUGCUGAAAAAGCCAGAAAAUUUGGCCAGUCAACAUGAAGAAAGAAUACUAGGAUAUGUGCAGCUGGAUUCCUCUGGCAGCAAUGAUCUGCUGCCAGGGCAGCUCAAGGCUCUGUCAGGUAGGGACCAUACAUAUAAAAUCAGAAAGGAGGUCCCGCCACGUUCUGUUGAAGAAUCCCAUUUGUCCUUACAAGAACCAGGAUCUACUCUAGAUACCUCCAGUGGUAAUGCAGAGAUCUUAUCAACUGAAACUCACUCUUCUGAAGAAAUAAAGCUGGCCCAAGAACCGAAGUCUUUAGUUCCAGCUGAUGUAGAGAGAAACAUAGCAGAGGGGAAGCAGAUCCAUUCCUUCAUGGAAGGUGAAAGCUUGAUAUUGGAGAAAGCAAACAUAGAAUUUUCUAGGCCUUGCAAAGAAGAUAGCCAGGAAGAAAUCAAACUACCUCCUGAAAGGAUCCUCCAGAAACCAGUAUCUGGCUCGUCAGUGGAACAGGUGAAGUCAGAAACUAUCCCAUCUCCUGUCAAAGCAGCCCCUUUCCUGGAAGAAGGUGUGGAACCUGAACUGGACAAUGAAAAAGAAGCACAUAGGAGCACACCUCCUUUACCUGGAGAGAAGCCAUUAGAAGAAUCAAAAAUGGUUCCACCAAAGGUUGUAGAUGAUGCUAAUGAGGGAGGGAAACCAGCACCUGAAGUGAAAAUACCCACACGAAAAGAAUCCCUCUCCUCAGUCCAAGCAAAUGAAGAACCUCAGCCCCCAGAGGCACAAGAGCUGCCUGAGCAGCCAAAGGUGGUUGAGCCAGGCCUUUCUGUGGGAAAGAAAGGAAUUUCAGCUUUCAAAUCAUGGAUGUCUAGUUUGUUUUUUGGAUCAAGUGCUUCAGAUAACAAAGUUGCUGAAAAAGAUUUAGAAACUCAGACAAGUCUACCGGUAGAAAAAGCAGUGACUGUAAUAGAGCCUAAAGGUACAAUACCCGCUGCUUUUAAUGCAACUGAGAAACCAGCUGAUCAUUCAUUACCAGGGGUAAAACUUCAAACUGCUGAUGAAUCCAAAGGUACUUUCGUUAAAUCUGGUGAAAGCCAAGACUUUAAAGAAAAACCCAAAUUUUUAUCAAAUGUAGAAAUUUUACAACAGCCAAAAUUCGGCUCUGAGAUGUCUAGUGAAGAUUAUGGGAAGAAAGAAAUCUCAAACUAUUCAGAGGAAAUGGACACAAACUCAGUAGUUACUUCUGCUGAUGGUGAGGAACAUCUUGGAAUUCAACCUUAUUCUCCCAUGGGUGAGAAAUUAGUUAAAGAAGAGGCCAAAAAUGUUGUUCCUGUUCAUGUUACUGAUAGUAAAAGAGUCCAGAAGCCAGCAAUCUCUCAUCCAUCUACUUGGAAUAUUUCUAUUCUUAAGAAAGAGUCAAGAAGUGAUCAAAAAGAAAAAUCACUCUUUUCAUUUGAUGCAGUAGAUAAGGUGCCACAACAGCCAACAUCAGCCUCAUCCGACUUCACAAGUAAAAAUAUCACAAAGGAAUCAGAGAAGCCAGAAGCAAUGAUAUUGCCAGUACACGAAUCAAAAGGCAGUUUAAUUGAUCUUGGUGAAGACAGACUAAAGAAAGAAAUGCCAAAACCUACUUCCUUAAAAAUUUCUGAAGAGGAAAUAAAACUCUGGUCUGUUAGCCCAACUGAAGAGAAAGAUAACUUGGAAAACAGAUCAUAUACCUUGGCAGAAAAGAAGGUGCUGGCAGAAAAACAAGAAACUGUGGCCUCGUUAGAGUUUAGAGAUAAUAAUGAAAUAGGGAAGGCACAAAUUACACACGGAUCUAGACCUGUUAAACUGGAAGACUCAAAAGCAGCUGCUGUGCUGCAGCAAGUCUAUCAACAUGAAGACCACAAUGAAAAACCCAAAACUAUUUCUGGUUCUGAGGAGGAGAAAGGAAAAGAAAAAGAAGAGCAGGCACAAGUGUUUUUAGAAGGAAAGAAGCGGCAGGAAAGUCAGCCUUAUUCUGUGAAUGUGCCCAGGUCUAUGCCUGAAGAAUCUGUCUCUUUAGAUCAUUCUUUGGGUGAAAUGCAACUAUUUUCACUAGUUAAAACUACAUCCAUUAUUGAAAAAUCAGAAGGCAUGCUCUCAGAGGCUCACCCAGAAAUCAGGGAAACAAAGGCAGUAGGAAUCGAGCCACAUUCAUUAGAAGAAAGUAAAGUUUUGCUGGAGAAAACCAAGACUUUCCUUCCAGUGGAUCUUCCUUACCGUGAUGCAAUAGAUAACAAUUCUUUAGCUCAGGAAGGAAAUCUGGUAUUAGGAAAGGCAGGCAGGGAUGUGGUGGGUCACGAUGAAGGAAAGGGACAGUUCACAGUGUCAGAACCAUCUAAAGGUGGUUCAACAGAUAUUACAAAAGAAAGUACGAAGCAAGGAUCUCUAUCUAAAGAAUCUGAAAGGACUUUAGAUCGUCCUUUUAAUGAAACGAAGAGCUUAGACACACCACCAUAUUUGCUGUCAUCUGUAAAACCUCACAUUCUUGCUUCAGGGUCUUCUCCAGAAAUUGAUACAGUGAAGGAACAAGAAAUGCCAUGGUCAGAAUUGACUGCAGACAGGCAUACAGUCCACACUAUCCAAACAUCUAAAGAUCACACAUCUGAUAUGCCUAAGCAAUCUGUUCCUGUUUCAAAGCACCACUUGGAGGCUGUGGAAGAUGCCCAUGUAAACGAACCAUUCUCUUCAGCACAAAGCAACUAUGCUCAAUUUAUAACUAAUGCAUCAACAAUCAAUGCUGAUAAAAUGAUUUCUGCUAAAGAAAUGUCUGAGGAGCCUGAGGAUACAUAUGCAAAAGAUGAAGAAUUCACAGUGACUAGUAAGCCAGCUGGACUUUCAGAAGAUCAGAAGAGUGCCUUCAGUAUCAUUUCCGAAGGCUGUGAGAUAUUGAAUAUUCACGCUCCUGCCUUUAUUUCUUCAGUUGAUCAGGAAGAAUGUGAACAAAUGCAAGAUAAGUUAGAAUAUUUGGAAGAAAAGGCCUCAUUUAAAUCCAUACAACUCCAUGAUGAUAGCAAGGCAGUUGCUUGCUGUGAAACAUUAAAGAGCAAGUUAGAAGAUUCUGAUGAAAAAGUUACAUCAUUGAAAGAAAAUGAACAAAAGGAAACGUAUAAAACAGAAGAGGAGAUAGCCACAGAUUCAGAAACUAGUGAUUUAGCUUUUAUGCAGCCCACAAUUCCCAGCGAAGAGGAUUAUUUUGAAAAAUAUACUUUGGUUGAUUAUAACAUCUCCCCAGACCCAGAAAAACAGAAAGCUCCUCAGAAGUUAAACGCUGAAGAGAAACUCUCAAAGGAAGUUACUGAAGAAACUAUCUCUUUCCCAGAAAGUUCAGAGGAAAGUGCCCUAGAACAUGAAUAUGACUUGGUGAAAUUAGAUGAAAGUUUUUAUGGAUCAGAAAAGGACCACAGCCAAUUAUGUCAUCCAGAGAUCUCAAAGUCUUCAGUUAUCCAAAAAUCAGCUGACAUGAAUGCUUCAAAGGGCGUAAAUAGAGAUGUGGACUCAAAGUCACCUGGGAUGCCUUUAUUUGAUGAAGAGGACGGAGUUUUGUCAAGAACCCAAAUAUUUCCUACCACUGCCAAUGCUGUUAAUCCAGAACUUCUGGAGGAGCCACCUGCACUUGCAUAUUUAUAUAAGGAUCUGUAUGAAGAAGCAGUUGGAGAGAAAAAGGAAGGGGAGACAGCUUCUGAAGGUGACAGUGUGAAUUCUGAGGCAUCAUUUCCAAGCAGAAAUUCUGACACCGAUGAUGGAACAGGAGUAUAUUUUGAGAAGUACAUACUCAGAGAUGACAUUCUCCAUGACACAUCUGUAACUCAGAAGGACCAAGGCCAAGGUCUAGAAGAAAAACCAGUUGGUAAGGAUGAUUCAUACCAACUGAUAGUUGCAGAAGGAGAAAUUUGGGGUAGGUUUGGAACUAUUUUUGGGGAGAAGUGUCUGGAAGAAGAGGAGGAAGCUGUUUACAGGGAAGGAGAAUCAGCAGGCCAUGUGGAGACCUUUGAUAAUGCAGCGAUGCAGAGGAAAGCACCCAUCACUGAGGAAGUCACAGUGGUUACCCAGAAGAUAAGCUAUGCAGUUCCAUUUACAGACACCCAUCACGUCCUGGAGAGUGUAGAUGAAAUGAGCAGUCAGGGUGAUGAAGCAGCAAAUGCAAGUCCAGAGGUCAAUCUGAAUGUCCCAGUGCAAGUGUCUUUCCCAGAGGAAGACUUUGCAUCUGGUGCAACUUACAUGCAAGAAGCACCACAAGAAGAACCUAAACUGCUGGUCCCACAUGAGCCAAGUGAAGAGAGGCUCCGCAAUAGCCCUGUUCAAGAUGAGUAUGAAUUUGCUGAAUCCCUGAAUUAUGAAGUGGUUAGUCAAGACAUUUUAUCAGAAGAACUGUAUUCAGAAUCGACGCCUGAAGAUGUAUUAUCUCAAGGAAAGGAAUCCUUGGAACACAUCAGUAAAAAUGAAUUUGUGAGUGAGGUGGAACAAAAUAUGUCUGCUGAACAGAAAGAGUUGGGCAGAGAGAGGACAGAACAAGACCAAUUAUCAUCAGAGAUAGUAACUGAAAAGGCACAAAAGGAACUGAAAAAGCCCCAGAUUGACACAUAUUGCUAUACCUGCAAAAGCCCAAUUUCUGCUAUUGACAAGGUGUUUGACACUCACAAAGAUCAUGAGGUUUCAACACUCGACACUGCUAUAAGUGCUGUAAAGGUUCAAUUAGCAGAAUUUCUAGAAAAUUUACAAGAAAAGUCCUUGAGGAUUGAGGCCUUUGUUAGUGAGAUAGAAUCCUUUUUUAAUACCAUUGAGGAAAACUGUAGCAAAAAAGAGAAAAGUCUAGAAGAACAGAAUGAGGAAAUGAUGAAGAAGCUUCUGGCACAGUAUGAUGAGAAAGCCCAGAGCUUUGAGGAAGUGAAGAAAAAGAAGAUGGAGUUCCUGCAUGACCAGAUGGUCCACUUUCUGCAGAGCAUGGACACUGCCAAGGACACUCUGGAGACCAUCGUGAGGGAAGCAGAGGAGCUUGACGAGACCGUUUUCCUGACAUCAUUCGAGGAAAUCAAUGAAAGGUUGCUUUCUGCAAUGGAGAGCACUGCUUCUUUAGAGAAAAUGCCUGCUGCUUUUUCACUUUUUGAACAUUAUGAUGACAGCUCGGCAAGAAGUGACCAGAUGUUAAAACAAGUGGCUGUUCCACAGCCUCCUAGAUUAGAACCUCAGGAACCGAAUUCUGCCACUAGCACAACAAUUGCAGUUUACUGGAGCAUGAACAAGGAAGAUGUCAUUGAGUCAUUCCAGGUUUACUGCAUGGAGGAGCCACAAGAUGACCAAGAAGUAAAUGAGCUGGUAGAAGAAUACAGAUUGACAGUGAAAGAAAGUUGCUGCAUUUUUGAAGAUUUGGAACCUGACCGACGCUAUCAAGUAUGGGUGAUGGCUGUGAACUUCACUGGAUGUAGCCUGCCCAGUGAAAGAGCAAUUUUUAGAACAGCACCCUCCACUCCUGUGAUCCAUGCUGAGGACUGUACUGUGUGUUGGAACACGGCCACCAUCCGUUGGCGGCCUGCCAACCCAGAGGCCACAGAGACCUACACUCUGGAGUACUGCAGACAGCACUCUCCUGAGGGUGAGGGCCUCAG